UGUUCCUCUCUCUCUCUCUCACUACUAGACAGACACAUUGAUGACACUGCAUGUCUUGUAUCUAUAAAUUAAGUCCUUAAAGCAAGGCUCUGCCGCUAUGAUUCACCCAAAGAGCUGAGACAAUCCUCUUCUUCUCAAAAAGCAAAGGUCUUUGGGUGAAAUUCACUGAGAUGGAGAAGCUCAUAUCCUAUGGUAUAGAUGGGAACAUCAAGUUACCAGUUGGGUACAGGUUUCACCCCACUGAUGAUGUUCUUGUCAGCUACUACUUGACCAAGAAGGUUUUUGCUCAACCAUUUCCCUCUCAGCUCAUCCCAGACUAUGAUGUCUUCCAAACUCAGCCUUCGGAGCUACCAGGAGGUGGAAAGAGUUUCUAUGAGCAGAAGUUUUUCUUCUACCAUACUGGGACCCGAGUGUUUGAGAACCCUGACAAGAGGGUUGUUGGGAGUGGCCAAUGGAGAGUGGUGGAGAAAGGCAUGGAUGUUGAGCUCGCAGGGAACAACGAGUUUAUUGGGAAGAAAAACACACUUGUUUUCUGGGAAGGGAAAGGAACCCGUUUUAGCAAAACAAAUUGGGUGAUGCAUGAGUUCCAGCUUGCCCCUACAUCAAAUCCAUCUGAGAUGUCAGUUUGGGGUGUUUACCGCAUAUUCCAGAAGAAGGAGGCAAAAAGGGGGAAGAAGGCGAAAGGGUCAAGGGGAGAAGCCUCUAAUAGCAGAAAUGUUGAGAUGGUUGAUGAGAGCGUUGUGAACGUGACACCAAGUGUCAUUGAUUUCACUAUGGAGACUGGCAGUUUCUCUGGACCUCCCUCUCCUUUGUCCCCAUGAAUCACAUGUUUCAGUCAUGGCAGUGAAACUGCCCAAUUACUUAGAUUAGAAGUUGCUAUAGAGCUUCAAUAGUAUAAGAUAUCAAUUGUGAAGCCAUGGAGGCACCAAACAGCUAUUAUCUUUUUUAUUCUAGUAUUCAGGGACUGUGUAUAUUGCCGUUUGUUUAGUGUAUGGGCUCAAGAAUUUGGUAAUAAGAAGCAACUGUUUAUUAUUUAUU